AGAUAUAAAGAGAUUUAUUGUAAGGAAUUGGCUUUGUGUGAUUAUGGGGGCUGGCAAGACAAGUCUGAAAUCUGUAGGUCUGGCCAUCACGAAGGGCGGGCUGGAACUCUGAGGCACAAGCCAAGGCUGCUAUGCAGAGGUGGGAUUUCUUCUUUCGGGAAGCCUCAGUUCCGGUCUUACGGCCUUUCAAUUGAUUGAAACCUAGAUUAUGUAGGAUAAUCUCCCUUGCUUAAAGUCAACUGAUUAUAGACUUUAAUUAUGUCUAUAAAAUAGCUUCACAGCAAUGCCUGAGUUAGUGUUUGAGUAACAGGGGCUGUAGCUUAGCCAGGCUGACCUAAAAGACUGACCAUCACACUUCCCUUCACCCAGGCCUGGGUGCUGUCCUCUGAACCAGCUGGGCUCUUGCACAAGCUGUCUUUGCAUGCUGUUCCCUCUGCUGGGUGCCUGAGAUGGGUGCUGUUUGGUUUCUCCCAUGCUUGCCACUAGUAGAGUCUCCCACCACUGGGUGUACUUACAUGUCUGUUGCUCUUCCAGGAAUAGCAAAUUAUUGAGUCAUCCUUGAGUUUUAGAUGCUUCAGUCUUCCCUCUGCUGCUGGCUGAGAGGUGAAUGUCCCAGAAAGUUUGGUGGUCCGCUCCAGGCUAUUUGUUUGUUGAUUUUUAAACGUGGUGAUGACUAUGUUUCUCUCAUUGCACCAUGCGUUGAGCCUUUUAAAUAUCCUUGUGAAUCUCACGUGCGUCACUACUAAAGAACACCAGUGCAAAAUUAUUUUUAAUUUCAGACCGCAAAACUGAGAAUUGAAGCGUCACUGAAAGCUGUAGUUUAAAGUUUCCAGAUCACUCAGAAACACUCUAGUUAGGGGAGAAAACUCAGGUUCAAAUUCCUGCCUUGCCUCGUACUAGCUAUGUGACCUUGAGAUAGUUACUUAACCCUCAGCUCUGUUAUCUUCAUGGGUACAAAUGAGGAUACAAUAGCUACUUUGCAGGUUGUUUUGAAGAUAAGGUUCCUGAGAGCACUCGGCCUGUGCCUUGUCCAGAGUCAAAGUCAGGAAAACAAGAAACAGUUGGCAACCCCCAGCAUGGAAGGAGAAGAAGACGUGUCUCUGGGUUCUCUUUCUCCAGAUAGCCUGUCUCCACUGGGGCCUGUGCUAAUCAUUGCUUGUCCGGCGCAUGUUUAUGUUCAAGAUCUCGGUCUGUCCUUUUGCCCUGUCCUUCCUGUUAUCUCCCAGACUCCUUGGUGCUGGUCAGGUCUUCAGCCCUUUGUUAUCCUGGGCCUUAGAUCACAUCCCAAAGGGUGCCUGGUGCUGUAGAAAGAGCCCUGAACUGGGAUUCCGAUGCCCGAGUUUGGAACUAACCCUGCUGCUAAGUUGUUGGGAGCCUUCAGGUGAUGUCUUUCCAGUGCAAAUGAAUCCAGUCGCUCAGUCUCAGUUUGUACCUCUGGCUGAAGUUCUUUGCUGUGUUAUAUCUGAUAUGAAUGCCGCUCAGAUUGUAGUAACGCAAGAAUCACUGGUGGAGCAUUUGAUGAAACAUUACCCAGGCAUUGCAGUUCCAUCUCAAGAUAUUCUCCAUACCACUCUGGGGAUUCUGAUUAAAGAAAGGAAGAUUUAUCACACUGGAGAAGGAUACUUCAUAGUUACUCCUCAUACUUACUUCAUCACAAAUACAACCCCCCAGGAAAAUAAGAGAGUCCUGUCAGAUAAAAGUCACCCGACGCCAACUUGUAUUACAUAUCUGGUGAGCAUGGAGAGCUGUGCAGAGUUAGCCAAAGAAAAUGUUGCUUCCGUGUCCCAUUGUCAGUCUUGCCGGUGUUUCCCUGAAGUGUGCACUCUAGAAGUACAGGAACCACCAGCUGCUGCAGAAGUGACUAGAAAAGGCCAGAAAGGUCUUGGGGAAUCCAAAGCUUUGGUACAGAGUCGAGUGGUUUCACUGUCUGAGGAGAAUCACGUCUGUGAGAGAACCAAACCUUUACCAUACACAAAAGACAGAGAAAAAGGCAAGAAGUUUGGCUUUAGCCUCUUCUGGCGCAGUAUAUCCAGAAAGGAGAAGUCCAGAACAGAGCACAGCAGUUUCUCUGCCCAGUUCCCACCAGAAGAAUGGCCUGUCCGAGAUGAAGAUAAUUUGGACAAUAUCCCUCGAGACAUCGAACAUGAGAUAAUCAAACGAAUUAAUCCUGUUCUGACUGUUGACAACUUAAUCAGACAUACCGUCCUAAUGCAAAAAUAUGAAGAAAAGAAAAAAUAUAAUAGUCAGGGCACUUCCACUGAUAUACUGACAGUCAAACAUAAAUAUCCUUCAAAAGAGGGAGUUAAGAAGAGGCAGGGCCGGUCUGCAAAGCCUCAAAGGCGGGGCCAUUCUCAUAGGGAUAGACACAAAGGCAGGAGUCAGGGAAGUGAGCCUCAGCCAGGAAGCAUUAGGCUGGAGAAAGGCCCCACGCUCCUCCCUACACAGUCCACCCCCAGAAUUAAGAGCCCAAAUGAAGCAGGAGUUCAGAAACCACUUGGUGAGAAUCCUUCAGUGCUAGGUUCCCAUUUGAUUUACAAAAAGCGAAUCAGUAAUCCUUUCCAGGGUUUGUCUCACCGAGGGAGCUCAGUUACCAAAGGGCACACCAUUCGGAAGACCAGUGAUCUGAAACCCAGUCAGGUUGGACUGAAGGGGGAGCCUUUCCAAAGGUCAGGGUCUUUAGAUUCCUCGAGAAUCUUGGAAAGUGAAGCCAAACAGCUGUGUGCUGAACAAUGUAGUGAUAAACUGAGGGCAGAAUCCAUUUAUGUGAAUAAUUCUACUGUCAAAUCUAUCAGUGAUGACUUUCAGGAUUGCCUCUUAAAUUACUCUCAGUGUGGUGUUUUGCAAAAUGAUAGUAAAUGCUGUUCCUUUAGGGAAAGCAUGUCGAGAUAUGAUGUGUAUGGUGGAGAAAAUGAGGUAAACCCUAAAGUUUUAAGAAAAAAUUAUUCUCACUUUAACACAUUAGAGGAGAUAAAAGAAACAGAACAUGUCCUGCCGUCACAAGGUUCCUCCUCUUUAGACCAAGCAUCCUCUGCUUGUAGAUUAAUUGAUAAAACAAUGCAUCAGUUCCAAAAUCUUGGUCUUUUGGAUUACCCAGUUGGUGUGAACCAUUUGAGACACCCUGAGAGACAAGACACAGACUCAGAAGAAACACUAGUGAGAAAGGCAUUUGUCCCGAAAGCAGAGACUGUGAGCCUAGAAAAUGAAUGGCCCUCUGAUGAUGACCAGGCCUUGUAUCAGAAUGAAGUGGAAGAUGAUGAUGGUGCCUGCAGUUCAUUAUAUCUAGAUGAGGAUGACUUUUCUGAAAAUGAUGACUUAUGUCAAAUACUGCCUGGCCACAUUCAGUAUUCCUUUCCAGGGAGAAGCAAGUGGAAUCAUUUAGGAAAACAAAAGGUGACUGACCGAUCUCUGACUGAGUACAACAGCAAAAUACAUAGGUUUGAGCCUCAGGUACUUAAGGGAAAUGAAUGUUACAAACCCACUGGAUUGCUCACUGACCCAGGUGAGAGCCAAAAAGCUGAUCUCUCUGCUGAAGGCUGUGGCCUCAAUUCAGGGACCCGGUCCAGUUUUAACUAUGGUGAGGAACCUAGUGUUGCUAAAUGUGGACAGGCCUCAGCAUCUGCUAAUGGAAGUAUAUUUGAUUACUAUAGCACAAGGAAGGCCACUUCUGAAGCUGAAACCCUGCAAGAUUCUGUUGGUGACAAAGGAAAGAAACCAACUAGUUGGAGUCAGAGUGCUCAGAAUCAGGAAGUGAGCAAACAGUUCACACAGAAGUUAGAACUUUUCAACACUUCACGUAUGCCAGUGUUGGCUCAGGAUACCCAGCAUGAACAUAGUCACUUGGAAGGAACAGAAAAUCAUAGCAUGGCAGGAGAUAGUGGAAUAGAUUCUCCACGGACACAGAGUCUGGCAUCUAAUAAUUCACUCAUUUUGGAUGAACUAAAAAGAAGACAGAAUUUUCUGCAGAACUUUGAAGGCACAAAGAACAGUCAAACACUCACAUCCAAUCCCUUACUACAACUAACUCCAGUCAUAAAUGUUUAAUUCUUAUUUUCCUUUUAGAAGCUUUUGUUUUGUAAAAAUGUACAGCUUUAAUUAGGAUGUUUUAGUCAAUUGAGUAUAUAAGAAUUCUCUAAAGCCAAGCAUAUAUGCUAUUAAUCUCAUUUCAUAUUUUGUUCUAGUUACUGGCUUUUUUCCUUUUUUGAGAUUUUAAAGCUUUUUUUUUUUAACCUUAUCUUACUAGGAAUUUAUUGGGAGUAUGUAGAUUGUAUGCAAUUAAAAAAAUGGAAUCCUUGGUCCUUCUCCAAUUAAAUGUAACUAACUCGAAUUUUCAGACAUUCAUUAGUUUCUCAAAUUCGUAGGAUGUUAAUUUACUACCCAUUAGUGAAUUUCUCUACCCACACUAAUGCUGAGUUCUUAUGUUAGGUGGAUCUCACACAAAAAUCCAGAAAAUAGUUUUCUAGGGUUACAUAGAUACUUUGUUUGCAACUAAAGUCUUUUAUCAUUAUCAGAAAGAAUUUAUGUAGAUGUGUUAGGUACUUUGCAACAAGAAUUCCUUCCAUCCAAUCAUGGCUGCCAAGGAUCUUCUCUGCGACCAGCUUGAACAUGAACAAAUGGCUCCACAUUGUGACUGACUAACAAUGUCCAAAAUACCUGUGGCAGUAGGCAUCUGGCUCUACUGUUUCUCUGGUUCCUCCUCACAUUUGAGGCUCUCUCUAUAGCAUGGCAGUGAGAAGUCAGGAUGUUCUCAGAGGGUGGAGAUCGAAGGGAAGCAGAAUGGCUUGUGAGUGAAAGGGAGGUUCUGAAUUAGAGAUUUAGAGAAAAGAUGGAAGAUGGCCGAUAGACAGUUCAUCUACGUUUGAUCCGUUUCCGCUCAUGAUAAGGUCUACAUAGCUUUGCCAGAGUUUUUUCUAGCAGGGCUUUUCAGACCAAAUAGUGGAAUAGGCAGUUGUCUUGGUUUGGGGAACGUGGAAAAGUCAAAACUGGUUUUGGCAAGUUGGGUUGAUGCUAAUGCUGACUAUGGUUGAAGGGAUGUUUCUUCUAAGAGGUUUCUAAGGAUUCUCAAGGCCUUAAAUCUCAAGGAUGAUUGAAUAAUUGGAGAGUGCCUCUUUCCAACUCUCACCAAACUGAUAACAGUGAAGGCCAGAAUGAAGCUCAGCGCAGUGGAGAGCUGCCUCCAGGCCCUAAGGGUGUGCAUAGGUGGGGAGGUCACAUUCACUGCUCUGUUUUGCAGUGGUUGUACCACUCUCUCUUGUUAGUUUUCAGUAGCCCUGAUAACCUACCAUGGCAUUCCAAGAAGAUUAGUUGUGAUCAUAAGGACAUUCAAAAUCCUAGGUAAAGUACCAAGAAGGGUAAUCUUCAGAGAAAAGUCUUGUAGGGGAGGCAUUGUUUUAGGGGGUCUUACAGCUAGGAAUCAGCAUCAGUGAAUGGAAGUUAGGACAAAGAUAUGAAGAACUUCGCAUUAGACAAAACCAUCUGUAGAUGAAAUAGACAUGUUUGUAAAGAAAUGAAUUUCCCAUUAUUUAGGGCAUUCAAGCAGAGGCUUGCUGAUCCCUUGACGGGUAUGUUGCAGAGGUUAUUUCCAGUAAUUAACAGAGGGGCUGAACUAGUUGAUUUUGAAGAUUCCUUCCGACUGUAAGGUUUUGUGCUUAUAAGAUUCAGUGAGAGUUAUAUGUUAAAUAUAUCUCAAUAAAAAAAAAUUCAGUGAGGGUCCUGUGAAAUACUGAACUCAUGCAAGAUUCCUGAGUAUUGCUUCCAGUUCUCCAUUUCUGCACCUAUCCUUGCCAAUCCUUGGAAAAAGAAGCACCAGCAACUCUGUUCUAUCUUUGAUUUUGGACCUGGACAAGUUUCUUAGUAGAGUGAGGAAUCCAAAGGUUUUUGUGGUUCUAGCCACAUCUAGGGACCAAAUGAAAUCCAUCUAAUUUUGCCACUGGAUGCAUUAUGACACUCUCUAAAUGUAUUAAGCCUAUUAUGAAACCAAUAAACUUCCCUUCUACAAAACACAGCAUAUGACCACAGAUAUUAAAGAUGGGUAUAUGUGUUAUUAAAUUGUUGUUUGGAGAUUA